AAUGUGAAGCAUGGCGUCGGCACAGAUCGUACGGCAAGGGCGCCACCGCGCAACACGUUUCCUACUGAAAGCUGAUACUAAGACUUGAAGUUAAUAAUGCCAACAACUCACUAACAUGGAGUCCACCUUUAUUAUACCAACUUAUGUGGCAGCCGAGCCGAACGAUACGGAGGUCGAAUACGAUAAUGCCGAGGAUCCCGACGCAGUCACGCUGUUAUCUAUACUCCUUGUCGGUAUAUUCCUAUCCUUGUUGAUAUUCGUAAGCGCAGCCGGCAAUAUCUUAGUUUGUAUAGCGAUUUAUACCGACAGAGGGCUCCGACGUAUAGGGAACUUAUUUCUAGCAUCAUUAGCCAUCGCUGACAUGCUAGUUGCUGCAGCCGUGAUGACGUUUGCUGGAGUUAACGAUUUAUUAGGGUACUGGGUUUUCGGCGAACAAUUUUGCGACACUUGGGUAGCAUGUGACGUCAUGUGCUCCACGGCGUCCAUCUUGAAUUUAUGUGCCAUAUCAUUAGAUAGGUACAUACACAUCAAAGAUCCUCUCAGAUAUGGUCGAUGGGUUACAAGAAAAGUUGCUAUUGUAACGAUAGCAUUAAUUUGGCUAUUGGCGGUACUUGUAAGUUUCUUACCUAUAUCGCUGGGAUUACAUCGACCGCCUGAAGAGUCGGUUGCAACGGAGAAACCGCCUCGGUAUCCAACAUGUGCGCUGGUGUUAACACCAACGUACGCUAUCGUAUCCAGCUGUAUAUCUUUCAUUCUACCCUGCAUUGUCAUGAUCAGUAUAUAUUGCAGGCUUUACUGCUACGCCCAGAAACACGUAAAGUCAAUUAAGGCUGUCACCCGCACCGUACAAUUGCCAGACAAUCGUACAAAAUCGGUACGGACGAGGGUGCAUACCCAUGUCCAUUCGUCCCCCUACCACGUGUCCGACCAUAAAGCGGCCAUCACCGUCGGAAUCAUUAUGGGAGUUUUCUUAUUGUGCUGGGUGCCAUUCUUCUGCGUUAACAUUGUGGCGGCUUUUUGUAAAACUUGUAUACCAGAUCUAGCAUUCAAGAUCCUAACGUGGCUCGGUUAUUCGAAUUCCGCUUUCAAUCCGAUCAUCUAUUCGAUCUUCAACACCGAAUUCCGUGAAGCUUUUAAGAAGAUACUAACAUCUAGGUACCCCCCAUGCUGUGGCUACCAAACUGUAAGAGCCAACACUCCAACACGUAACGAUAAUUUUGUUACUGAUUACGGAACAAAAACUUUAGUGGUGAGACGAAGUGGAUCUUUAGGUUUGUCGGGCGUUGACCCCACUCCGAGAUCGUCCGCGGAAUCUGUAAGACCUUUAAAAGACUAUCAUAUCUGACAGGAAGACGGGAGUAGCAAUAACGGGCUACUCGAUAAAAGUGAUGUGGUAUAAUAUAAAGUUUCUUUAAUCAAGAUAUAGUUAUAUAUAGUUUUAGAGCAUUCA